CCAUUUAUAGUCGUCAAACCCUGUCUUUCUCUCUCUUGGCUUUCACAUUCUCUCGAAACCCUAGAACCGUUUUGUCCUUUUUUUCUCCUCAAUUAGAUUCUCUCAAUCUUAAUGAAAUUUCACCAAAUCUUCAAAUCUAGACUCUCUGUAAUGUUGAUUUACAGCUGGAUUUGAAGAUACUUUAGUGUUUUUUUUUUUUUAAAUUUUUUUCUUUGAAAAAUUGAAGCAAAUGGAGGGCUCUGUAUCUGUUGCGAUGGAUGAUCUCGGAGCCCCACCGGAAUCAUGGGAGGUAGCUGACUUGGAUGCUAGUAUGAGGCGCCUUAUACUUAAUUCCAAGAACAAGGAUAAGGAUGACGAUAAUUCUGUUAAUAAUAAUAAUAAUAAUAAUAAUCAAUCUGAGCUGCUUGAUUCUUCGGGUUCGGGUUUGGGUGGUGGUGUGACGGAGGAUGUGGUUAAUACGGUGGAUCAGUUUCUUCGUGAGGCUUUACAAAACCCUCGAGAGCGUCUUUCCGUUCUGAGGAUGGAGCAAGACGUUGAAAAGUUCAUCAGGGAUCCCGGUCGACAACAGAUGGAAUUCCAACAGCUGCCGACCUCCUAUUUGCGACUGGCUGCUCACCGUGUGGCACAACACUAUUCACUACAAUCAAUGGUUUUGUUGGACAAUAGUCUACCGGAUGGCUCGGGUUCCAGAAUUAUUGUGCGCAAGACUUCUGAAUGUCGGAUGCCUUUGAUUCGCUUGGCUGACAUUCCGGUGAAUUUGCCUCAAGGAGAUACUGGUGUGGUUAAGGUUGCCAUAAAGCAGAGGCCACAGAAAGGUUCACAGUUAGCAGGUGGUAAUUCCAAUUCAUCAAAGGGAAAUUCUGCCAAAAGUGUUGAGGAAAGAAAGGAGGAAUAUAAUAGGGCUCGAGCACGCAUAUUUAACUCUAAUAGUUUAAGUGGGAGCUCAAAUGUAAAGCCUGAAACUGAACCAAGGUCACAGGAUACUUUCCAGUAUGGUCCAAUAGGCAUACCACAGUUAGAAGAAAAAGCCAGUCCAGCUGGUGGUUCUGAUUUGAAUACUGGGCGGUGUCUGAUUGAUUCUUCAACAAGUAGCAGUAGAUCAGCUAGAAGUAGGACAGAAAAGGAGCCAGUUGGUAGGUCUAAAUCUUAUAAUAAGGUGGCUAUCUUUCGUGAUCGGGAAAUUGACAGGAAGGACCCUGAUUAUGACAGGAGUUAUGACAGAUACAUGCAAAGGUUUGAUCCUGGGUUUGGAUUUGCUGGUGGCCCAUAUACAAUUCAGCCCAUGUAUGCUCCUGCAAUUAACUACAACACUGAGUUUCCCCAGCUUGGAUCUGCUAUUCGGUCUCCCAUAUCCGCUGAAAACCAACCUCGUCCACUGCCGCAACAUAUGCCUGGGCCUUGGGCAACACCAUCGACUCCUGGUAUUGGUUAUGGUCCAGCAGAGAGCAUGAUGCCUCCCCCUUUUAGUCACAAUCAUAUUAGUGCACGCUCAACUUCAGCUAUAUAUUUGCAUUCAACCCAAUAUCCUUGUCAGCGUCCUGGAAUGACUUUUAUCCAUCCUCACGAGCAGGUUCACCAACCCUUCUCACAGUCUCAUCAACUACAGUCUCAUCAACUACAACCUGAUGGUUUUGGAUUAGCCCGGCCCCGGUGAGGGGCACGGGCCAUGCCUGCAUCCUGCCACAUACAAUUCAGCAUCUUGAGGGGGAUGCUGAGCGGCAAAAUGUUGCAAUUGGCAGGAUGCAGGCAUGAACAACUGAGACUUGCUGGAGCGGAUUGUUCAGCUUGCAGUAUUUUAUGAAUCCAUCCACCAGUCUCAGUUUCACAGAGCCUCCUGUAUUGCUUUGAGGAUGCUCAUAUGUCCUGGCAGUUCCGUUGCAUGGAUGAGCACUCAAAGCUAUGAUGAUUACCGUGACGGCGAUGACGACGACAAAUUAAAUCAGCUAGAGUUCAGAGCCGGCAAUAUAAGAAGUUUGAUCUGUUUUAGCCUCAUCAAAGCUCCAAGCAGAAAGGAAACUUGGUUAGAGAUUUCGAGUAAAUGUGUCAACAGGACAUGCAGCCUAUGGUAGCUUUGGUGCUAGACUGACAGUGAUAACAGAGAGCUCCGUUCUCCUAUGGCAAAGCAAUCUCCAGGAGAGACUCUGCACAUUAUGUAUUUAAACGAAUAGUGUUUCCCCUUUUCUUUUCUUUUUGUUGGGACAAAAUAUUUGACUGUUUUGGUCUUUCCCUGACUUGUUUGUAGCUGAAGCGUUUUGUUUGGUAAGAACUCUUGCAUUUCUCGUUACCAAAA